AUGUUUAAGUACUUCCAGAAACAUUUCACACUGAACUGGGCCGAAUGCAAGAGACGGAGGUCACGUCUGGUGUCAAAAGAUGGAAGGUGUAACAUAGAAUUUGGGAAUGUUGAAGAAGAGUCCAGAUUUGUUUGCCUGAUUGACAUCUGGACCACCAUCCUGGAUCUAAGGUGGCGGUAUAAGAUGACCAUCUUUAUUUCAGCUUUCUUGGGAAGCUGGUUCUUCUUUGGCCUUCUUUGGUAUGUCGUGGCCUACAUCCAUCAAGAUCUGCCGGAGUUCAGCCCUUCUAUAAACCACACACCUUGUGUAGAUAACAUCAAUGGCUUGACUUCAGCUUUCCUCUUCUCCCUGGAGACCCAGGUCACUAUUGGCUAUGGGUUCAGGUGUGUUACGGAACAAUGUGCCACGGCAAUUUUUCUUCUCAUCUUUCAAUCUAUCCUAGGAGUUAUCAUCAACUCCUUCAUGUGUGGGGCCAUUCUGGCCAAAAUCUCCAGACCCAAAAAGAGAGCGAAAACAAUCACCUUUAGCAAAAAUGCUGUGAUUAGUAAACGAGGUGGAAAACUUUGCCUUCUCAUCCGGGUGGCCAAUCUCAGGAAAAGUCUGUUGAUUGGAAGUCACAUCUACGGCAAACUCCUGAAAACUACCAUCACCCCUGAAGGAGAGACGAUCAUCUUGGAUCAAGUCAACAUCCAUUUCAUGGUUGAUGCAGGCAACGAGAACCUUUUCUUCAUCUGCCCCUUGACGAUUUACCACGUCAUCGACAAGCACAGUCCCUUCUUUCACAUGUCAGCUGACACCCUCCUUCAACAUGACUUUGAACUGGUGGUGUUUCUAGAUGGGACCGUAGAAUCCACCAGCGCGACUUGCCAAGUACGGACAUCGUACAUUGCCGAAGAGGUCCUGUGGGGUUAUCGCUUCGCCCCCAUCGUUUCGAAGACCAAAGAAGGGAAGUACAGGGUGGAUUUUCACAACUUCAGCAAAACUGUGGAAGUGGAAACUCCACAUUGUGCGUUCUGCCUCUACAACGAGAAGGACGCCAAAGCCAAGGCAAAGAUGGGAUUUGACAACCCUGCCUUUGUGUCCCAUGAAAUUAGUGAAUCCAAUGAGACAAAGAUGUGA